AUGAAUCAGGAUAAUUUUCCAUUGAAAUUCCGCCGAGCAUCGACCAAACUUCACAAGGAUCCCCCUAGCUUGAGCUCGCGCAUUCUUCGGACUCAUCAAAGCACCACAUCGCUGAAACGUACCCCAUCCGCCCCCGUCUACCCGCGUUCCUCUCCCAGUAGCAGUCGCGAGCAUAAUCGGUCGCGAUCCAACGCACAAUUUCCCGGUUCUUCGUCGUCAUCACUCGAGCAGAACAGUGGCGGACCAUCGCCUUCCAACGACGAAUCAAGUGGCUUCUUCUCCAACUUCACCUCCCGCGCCCGCACCCGCAGCUCCAAUCGCUUUUCCUACAACGAGCAGAGCUCGGAUGAAUUGAAUGGUCCUUACGAAACGCGGGGCAUGCUCAGUGCUUUAGACGAGAACAGCGCCGAGACCGAUCCUCAUUCACAGCAGCAACCUGGACUCCGCUCUCACCAUACUAGUCCCGAUACCCGCGGACGCCACUCACUUCGUCAGUCAGCUAGUUUCACCACUCUAACGCAACGGAUGGAUUCUUUCACGCAUCGUGAGGCCGAAAAGCCUCAAAAUCCUGUCAAACGGUAUUCUGAUGAUGACAAUACUCCAAUUCCUUCCCGAACGAGACAGAGUAAGAAGGCCAGCUUCUCCAGAUUUGUGGAUAGUGUGCUUGGAACGCCCGGUCGCAACAUGAAAAUUUCGGCCCCAGAGAAUCCGGUCCAUGUCACACAUGUUGGCUAUGACAACCAGACCGGUCAAUUCACCGGUCUUCCCAAAGAAUGGCAGCGGCUACUACAAGAGAACGGUAUCUCGAAGAAGGAGCAGGAAGAGCACCCACAGACUAUGAUGGAUAUCAUGCGCUUUUACGAGAAGAACACGCGAGGCGACAGUGAUGAUGAAGUAUGGCAUAAAUUUGAUAAUGCGCAAGCUGCCCAAGCUUCCCAAGCCACGAGCCCACGAGAACAAACAUCGCCACCGGGCAGCCCUCGAUUCCCACAAAAUCACGAAAACAGCUUCGAGAACCCGCGAUCACCUCCACCCAUUCCUCGCGGACCUCCGGCAGGCACGGCGGUCAUGUCUCCUUCGCUGGGAGGUAUGGUACCCCAUCGUGCGCCCCCGAAGCCGCCGACCGGCAUGACUCCCUCUCGCCCUCCCCCUCAACCACCGGUUCCGAAUGUAUACCCAAUUCAGCAACGAAGCCCCCAGGAAAGUUAUGGCCCUACGUUUGGCACUCCAACUAUCCCGGAGACCGAGCCAUUGCCAGUAUCGCCCCAUCGCAGUCCCUCCAGCUCCCAAAAUGGCACACCUGCGCCUGGCGUUUCGAAUGUUAUCGCAUCCCCAACACAAUACCAGCGGCAACAGGAGCAAGUGAUGGCCGCCGCUCAGCAGGCAUUGGAUCGGAAUCGCACCCAACGCCAGCAAGCACAACAUCCUCCCGCCAUCUCUACGUCAACAAGUGCGCCAGCCCCCGAUCUUUCGUCUGGGGUGUCACCCACCGUGCGUGCUCCGCCUGCUGCCAGACCCAGACAGCGCCAGCAGCGACAGAGCAGUGCCAUGGAUAUCAGAGCACGCUUGAUGCUGAUCUGUCACCCUGGCGAUCCUACGCAAAUAUACUACAAUCUCAACAAGAUCGGCCAAGGUGCCUCUGGGGGUGUGUUUACAGCAUAUGAGCAUCCACACAAUAAUUGCGUCGCCAUCAAGCAGAUGAAUUUAGAUUUGCAGCCCAAGAAGGACUUGAUUAUCAACGAAAUCUUGGUCAUGAAGGAUAGCAAGCACAAGAACAUUGUCAACUUCUUGGAGAGCUUCCUGCAUGGACUUGAUCUCUGGGUUGUCAUGGAAUAUAUGGAGGGUGGCAGUCUCACAGAUGUGGUUACCUUCAACAUUAUGAAUGAGGGACAGAUAGCCGCUGUUUGCAGAGAGACCCUCAGCGGCCUCCAGCAUUUGCAUUCCAAGGGUGUGAUCCAUCGGGACAUCAAAUCCGACAACAUCUUGCUGUCCAUGGAUGGCAACAUCAAGCUGACUGAUUUCGGUUUCUGUGCUCAAAUCAACGACUCGCAGAAUAAGCGAAACACCAUGGUUGGCACCCCAUACUGGAUGGCCCCCGAAGUCGUGACUCGUAAAGAGUAUGGCCGCAAGGUCGAUAUCUGGAGUCUAGGCAUCAUGGCCAUCGAGAUGAUUGAGGGUGAACCGCCAUACCUGACAGAAUCGCCCCUGCGCGCACUAUAUCUAAUUGCUACGAACGGAACGCCCACCAUCAAAGAUGAGCAUAACCUAUCCCCGAUCUUCCGCGAGUUCCUUCACUUUGCUCUGAAGGUUGAUCCGGAGAAGCGGGCGUCGGCACACGACCUACUGAAGCACCCAUUCAUGUCUUUCUGUGCACCACUCUCGCAUCUCGCCCCCUUGGUCAAGGCUGCUCGCAUCAGCCGCGCCCAAGAAAAAGCCCAAAAAGGAGGCGCCUAA